AUGUCAUCGGCUAGUGUGAAACGUGCACGAGUCACUGCUCGAAUUGCUCAAGCGGAACAUACAAGUCUGCCAACAGAUUCGGAAAACACCCAACACCUUCUGGAACAGGUGAAAAAAAAACAUGAGCCUAGUCCGAGCGUUGUUUUUCAGACCGAAGGGAAGCGAAAGCAGCUAGACAAGAAAUGCGGUGAAUAUGAGCAAAUUUGCAAGAAGUUUGCAAAGCUGAAAGCGGAAAAGAAUAGACUAGAAACUGACCACUCACAAUUGACGGUACGUUUCCAGCGGAAGUCGAAUCAACGUUAUCGAUUUUUAAAAAUUGCAAAGUAUGCAACGUAAGCUUCUCGGCGUCACUGAUACGAAUCGAGACAAUUCUCCUUUUCUAUCGAUAAGCAACAUUUUCGCAAUUCUUUCUUCCCUACACCGCAUCGAAACACAGCGGAAAGAAGAGAGAUCAAAAAGUAUUGGAACAGAUCUUGAUAGUGUCUCUCUAUUGUUGACAGACAGUGCGGUGUGAUACGAAAAAACGAAUAAAAACGUUAACAAACUUGGACUUGGAUUGAGUGCACGGACAUGACAGGGAAGUUUCGGCUGGUAGAAUUGCAAAAAAAGUAGGGGGGAUUACCAUGAUUUUUAUAAACCGCGCGUUGUUUCGGAAAUGAAGGUCAAAACCAGUCUGAAAACUGAAACUAAAACUAAGCGCAGGGAGAUAAAACAGUCGCAAAAACUGACAGAAAGGGGGCAGCGUAACGAAUUGUUGGUGAGAAAUUCUGUGAUUCGUAGUUAGAACAUUUGCUCACCUGCGUGAAAGCGUUUGGGAUUAAACGGAUGAGAAAGCGAACAAGCAAAAGUUCGAAGUGAAAUCACAGUGAAACAUCAUUCAUGUUUCAGUCACAAUCUGAUGAGGUUGAUCAAGUGUUCAAAAAGCUCGAGCAAAGCGCCGAAGGAAGCUUCUUAUCGCAACAGCAGAAGAACAAUGAAAUGAAUGAGGCGGUGCAACAAUGGAACGCUCUAGAUGGAAAGGAGGAGAAACUGUACGAAGAUCUGAUGCAUGAGGCAGCAAUGGAAAAAGACCUUCAGGAAAAGUGUACGGUUUCUUGAAAAUAGAGUGAAAAUAGACUGUUGAAUUAAUUCCUUUUAAUAAAACAAAUAUUCACUUUCUCUGCUUCAAAAAUUUUCUUAAUAAGUACUUGUUUGCAGGCAGCGAAGUCUCAAAAAACGUGGAACACCAUGGGAGGGCCGCAAAAGCAAACGCGAAAGAGCAUCAACAACUAGAAACUGCUUUCGACACGGAUAUGAAGACUGAAAAGGUUUUUCCCACUUAUAUCGCACUUUUCACAUGA